GAAGAUUAUCAAAGAGGAAGUGUCGAUGUUAAAUAAUAUCAGAGGAGUCUUUUAGGUUAAAAACAGUUUGAGCAAACAAGUUCGCAAAAGAACAUAAACAUGAACAAAGGUCAAGGACUGCUAACACUGCUGUGUCUGAUAGUUAUCACACAUGCCCAGGAAUAUUGGAAUCUUCCCAGAUGUAGAUCAUGCCACAGAGUCAAUGCUUUCGAACAAUGUAACAGCUAUGUGGUAUGUGGGAGGAAUGAGGCUUGUUAUGUGGAUAAACUCAUCGAUGAUAGCAAUAAUGUGGUAUAUGAGGCUGGUUGCAGAGACAUUCAGGUGUGUAAAGCUAACUCAGGGCGAAAGAGAUCAGAUCUUGUAGCAUGUUCUAAAUGUUGUGAUGGUGGUGAUUAUUGUAAUGACCAUAUGUGUGGUCUAAGAAAAGAAAGCAAUCUGACUUUAUGUAACUCGUGCGAUGGUAAAGAUGGCCGACCACAACCACCUCAGUACCCAGAGGAUUGUUCCUUUCUACGUCAAUGUGAUCCAACAGAGAGUUGUUUUUCAAGCACCUACAUGAAAGACGAAACAUCAUUAAGACAUUAUUCUACAUGUAAAAGUACAAAGAUAUGUCAGAGCUUAACGGGCUAUAUCUUUGAGACAUAUCGGUCGGAUGAUAAUACUGCGCUUGGUAAGAGGAGUGCUGGAACUAUUUGCGCGGUGUGUUGUGGAGAUGAAGCGUGCAAUAAGUACGCAUGUGAAACUACAAAAAAACGUAUACGCUACCUCAACAAACAGGAACGUUUCAACCAUACUACACUGAAAGAGAUUCCUUGGUCUUCAGUAUAGUUCUUGUCUUAUUAUGUUUUGCUCGAAAAUAAAUUAUUGUUUUUAUUGUAGUAAA